AGUCGAGUGUUCAGCCCACCUUGAAGCUCACUUCGACUCUUCUUCGACUCCAUCGCCAAACGAAACCAUCGCCGUUCUUCGCCAAGAACAUCUCGCCAUGCCUCUUCGCAAGCGACUCCCAGCUGGCCACCCGGCCUCGCGUGGCGCCACGGCAGGCCGAAACAACCAUCGCUCUGAUAGAGCGUCAGAUGUACAGGCUCCGUCGAAGCCAUCCGUGGGAGCUCGGGCACGCGAUCGCUGCGGCGCCCUCUCCAUCAAGAUGGCACUGGCGACGAAAUCGCUGCCAUCCAAGCUCAAGGCUAGGGCCUCAAGUGCCGCGGCAGCUCUCCGCGCGACAGACUGGGGUCUCAUCACCAUGCCGCACCCGAAUAUCACCGGGCGUAUGCCGGCUGCCCAGUCCGGAUCGAGCACGGACAACGGCUCUCAUCAGCAGAGCCACAGCACGAACACACCUCGCGGUACUAUCGUUGCUGUCCUGGCGGUAAACCCUGAUGGCAGCAGCUCUGGGGCGUCAGGAUCGUCCCCACAAGCGAGCCCGCGGUCGCCUCGGGAUACCACGACCUGCUCCUCACCGCCGUCGUCGCCUGCCACCCCGACGAGUUCAACGGGAGCCGGCACAAUGACUUCCCGCGGUACUCAGUAUGAGGCGAACCAGUGUCUUUCUAUCGGCCCGGUCAUGGUUGUGGAGACCACGACGCCCAGCGAGGUGACUGAGGCGGAGACACAGCACGAGGCCAGCCAGUGCCUUGCUAUGAGCGAUAUCAUGCUCGUGGAGAGUACGACGCCCGAGGAUGUGCUGGACAUGGAGAUGGAGUACGAGGAUGACCAGUUCCUCUCUCUCAGCACUAUCAUGAUUGUGGACAGCACGUCGCCGGAGGACGCAGCCGAUGAGACGGCGCAGAUUGAAGCCAGCCAGUGCCUCUCCAUCAGCGAGAUUGCGGUCGUGGAGAGCACAUCGCCCGAGGACGAUACGGACGCGGCAAUCCCUCUCACGCCUGAGCUGUCUAUGUCGGGGAUCAUGGUCGCCAUCGACUGUGCCCUAAAGAGCGAGGAUACGCCGCAUGUAUCUCAUGACAUUAUCAAUGGUGCGGCCACCAAGGCUGCCGCGAUGUCUCCUUGCCCCAUUGUCCGUCUUCCUCCCAACCCCGCUGUGGGUUUCCUCGCCUACGACUCGGAUUCGGAUAGCGAGCAUUCACAACAAUCCUGGGAGUUCGUCGCUGUCGACGGUGCGGCCACUGAGGAUGCCGCCAUGUCUUCCCGUCCCAUCGUCCGCCUGCCUCCGCGCCACGAUCUUGGUGGUCUAGGUAGCGACUCGGAUGCGGAUAGCGAGAGCUCCUGCCAGUCCUCGGAGUUCGUUGCUGAUCCGCAAGAGGCGGUCUAUAGCCAAAGGGGCCCAUACAACGAGGUCGCCGGCCAGGAUGACCCCCGCGACGAUGUCUCCGGCGAGGACGACGGCAUGGACGGGUAUUCCAGCGACCGAGACUCUGACGAAGAGUUCCCAGCAGUGUCACAGGAGGUCCUCAACCGCCUCAUGGGGGAGGGCAUGGACAUGCUGGGCAACAAGUCGGGCCCGCUCCCGGGAUCGAAAGAGGACGCAGCGCCGCAGCUGGACGCCUACUUUGCCGAGCGGGACCAGACCGAUUUGAGGCCAUGCUAUGCCAAGGCCCUUCUGCGCAAGAACUGGGCUAGGUUCCCGGACGAGGUGGCGAAAACCCCGUUCUGCCCGCGACCUAAGAAAGAGUGGAAGAAGUACCAGGUCAGCUGGGACAACUGGAUCUCGACGGGCCGCCUUCCUUUCUCCGGGCGGAUGAAGGAGAGAUUUCCGGGCGACGCUUGGGACUCGGACUCGGACGACGAGUAGGCUCCCCAGAAUAAGCGUUUGCCCGGGGGCGGGAUGUGGCAAAAUAACCGAAACCCCACAUCUGAAGACCGAGGCUUGAGA